GGGAGAUGUCGGCGGCCGGCUGGGCGGGGCUGCUGGGUCCUCCCGGAGACUUUGCGAAGCGGCUCCUGGUGACCGGGGGUGCUGGUUUCAUAAUGUAAACUCCAUGAGGGCAGAGACUGUUCACUCAGCACCUGGAGGAAUGCCUGGCCGGUUUUAUAAAGACCUUCAGUAAUUGUUGAAUGGGUGAAUGCAUGAACAACAAAUGGGAAACUCUCCUGCCUUCAAGGAACUCAACCUCUAGUGGAGGAAGAGGGAACAUGGGGAUCCUUUUAUAUUGCCCGUUAACAUGUUCAGUCACCUCUUCUUAUCUGACAGUCACUUGGAGGAGUGCAUCACAUGUGAUUGUCUCUUUAGUAGAAGAUUAUCCAAACUAUAUGAUCAUAAAUCUAGACAAGCUGGAUUACUGUGCAAGUUUGAAGAAUCUUGAAACCAUUUCUACCAAACAAAAUUACAAAUUUAUACAGGGUGACAUAUGUGAUUCUCACUUUGUGAAACUGCUUUUUGAAACACAGAAAAUAGAUAUAGUACUACAUUUUGCUGCGCAAACACAUGUAGAUCUUUCGUUUGUACGUGCCUUUGAGUUUACAUAUGUUAAUGUUUACGGCACUCACGUUUUGCUAAAUGCUGCUUAUGAAGCCCAAGUGGAGAAGUUCAUUUAUGUCAGCACCGAUGAAGUGUAUGGAGGCAGUCUUGAUAAGGAAUUUGAUGAAUCUUCACCCAAGCAACCUACGAAUCCCUAUGCAUCAUCUAAGGCAGCUGCUGAAUGUUUUGUACAGUCUUACUGGGAACGGUACAAGUUUCCAGUUGUCAUCACAAGAAGCAGUAAUGUUUAUGGACCACAUCAAUAUCCUGAAAAGGUUAUUCCAAAAUUUAUCUCUUUACUACAACACAACAGGAAAUGCUGCAUUCAUGGAUCAGGACUUCAGACAAGAAAUUUCCUUUAUGCUGCUGAUGUAGUAGAAGCAUUUCUCACUGUCCUCCAAAAGGGGAAACCAGGUGAAAUUUAUAACAUUGGAACCAAUUUUGAAAUGUCAGUUGUACAGCUUGCUAAAGAACUAAUACAGCUGAUCAAAGAAACCAAUUCUGAGUCUGAAAUGGAUAACUGGGUUGAUUAUGUUAAUGAUAGACCUACAAAUGACAUGAGAUACCCAAUGAAGUCAGAAAAAAUACAUGGCUUAGGAUGGAAACCUAAAGUGCCUUGGAAAGAAGGAAUAAAGAAAACAAUUGAGUGGUACAGAGAGAAUUUUCACAACUGGAAGAAUGCGGAAAAGGCACUAGAACCCUUCCCAGUACAAUCAGCAUGUGUAUAGUCAGGACAGUUUUUGGAGAAAGAAGAAAAUUAUCCUACCUCGACAAGUGAUAAGAAAUCAAGUGACCAAAUUAAGUAUCCUCUUUUUGCUUGGAAUUAGAUUCAUGACUUACUGUAUAAAAUAUAAACACAAAAUCCUUCAAUAUUUGGAAGUUUUAGUAUUAGCACAGGAUUUAAAUAUGAAAAUUCUUUCAGAAACCUUUUAUCCUAAAAAUUAGGAACCAGGAGACAUAGAAAGACGACUCCUUACAGGUGGGUUGGGAGUGGAGAGUCUCCCAGUUCUGAGAACAGAGACGGAAUUAAACUGGGCAGAUGGCAGCCUUUCCUGCUAUUGAUCUCAGUGAGCUUCCAACCACACCUUUCCCACUGCCUAAAAUUCUCUUUUAAGUUUUCAUUUUUAGGCAAUAUAGGGUGAGCUUUAUGCCCCAAUUCACCUUUUUUUUUCUUUAAGGUCAUGUUUUGCUAUACAGGCAGUCCCUGGGUUACAAAUGUCCGACUUACGUACAACCCGUAGUUAUGAACCAACUCCUGCAAAGCCUGUUACAUUAAAAAUUCAAGAUACAUACAGGGGCUCUUAAUAACAAAUGAGCACUACUUCGCAGUGCUCAUCAAAACAUUAUUAUUAUUACUGUACUAUUAUGUUAAAAAUGUUUUAGUGUAUCUGGAAGGGUUUCUUUAAUGUUUUUUAUGCAUAGAAAGGCACACUAUAUACUAUGACAAGCAUUUGACUAACUAGUGUUAGAUAUGAACUGUACCUAACUGUUCCAACUUAUGUACAAAUUUGACCUGAAGACAGAUUAAAGAAUGGAACUCAUUCGUAAUCCAGGGACUGCCUGUGAUUCCUUUAAAAAUGAAAUGGAAGCAUAUUCAGCACUUUUUGAUAUUUUUGUAAAAUCAAGUUACAUGUUUUUAAAAGAUGAAUGUAAAGUUAUAUUUUCAAAAUCAUUGUUGAAAUAUGUAUAAGUAACCUUGUAUCAGAAAUUUUAUCAUGUAUUUACUGUUUAAAAUUUUAUUUAUAAACUUGUCAGUAUUUUAAUGUAUUUAAUGCAUACUGUGGCUUUUUUUAGUAACAUCUUUUAUUUUGCUGUAGAAAAAUAAAAAUACUUGAUCAUAUAUAUAUUUACUCCUCUUUGCCUUAAAGACUCUAAAGUAACUUGAAAAAGGAACUGAUUGAAUAUUGGGUUAAGAAAGGGGAAGAAGUCAAGGCUUUCUGGCUUUAGUGUGUGGGUAAUGACUUGUUUUCUCUGAAGUAAGAAGGAAGAUCAUUAACUAAGAGGUGGUUGGAAUAGGGAAAUAGGAGUGGAGUAGGGGUUUCAGGUAUGUGGAGAGUGGGAGAAGA